AUGCAUGGAAAUUUCCAAUGGCUAGUGCUUAAACUCACCGUAUCUCCUAAUAACGUGCAGCAAGAGUUUAAGCGUGAUGACGGUGGUGGUGAUGGUGGGGGAGGUAGUGGUGGCGGUGGGGAGAAUGGUAGUGGUGUUAAGAUAAAUUGA